AGACCUGAACGCCGCAUUAAUCGGGUCUCUCUAGUGGGCGUGGUCUAAUAUAAAUGGGAGGCGUCGUUUGCGAGGGUGUGUUUGUAAGCGUGCGCGUGUGUUAGAGAGAGAGAGUCCUCCCCUAGCCGCAUGAGAUGACGAGUGCCCUGCAGUCUUUACAGUCACUGUUUUUGCGUUCUCCUCUCCUCCUCUGUCUCUAGCGGUUCACUCCGGAAUGCUCACCAGCGUGUCCUGAUCCAACGCUGUCGUCAGUCCCUUCAUCUCCAGCCUGCCCCGGCUCUCCGUGUCCGUCCGCGUGUGAGGGUCGCAGCCUGCCCGAGGUGCUUUCGCUGUAAGGUGUCGCUCUGAGCACCUAAUAUCAAAACCAAUUGCAAAAAAAAAUAUCUGAGAAACGUAAGCCAUGGCUGUGGCCGGAUGUCCGGAUUAUUUCCUGCAUCAUCCCAAUUAUCAGCAGGAAAAUAUAGACCGGUCUUCCAAUCACAGACAGACUGAUCUCAUUGGUCCAAGAUUUCAGCAACCGGCCAAUCAGAGUUCUCCUAACCAUCAAGAGGAUGAUGUCGACUUGGAGGCCCUGGUGAAUGAAAUGGACUCUUCACUGGAGAGCCUGUACUCGUGCAGCGGUCCACAGACAGAAUCGACUCCUCUGCUGCACAACGGACAGACCUCGACGUCACACAGCCACCACCAUCAAGCACAUCAACACAACCAGCCACGGCAGGGACAGCACUCACACGGGAUAAGCCACAUCUCCCCAGAGCCGCCCUCCUCGUCUUCAGACUCGCCUCAAACCGGCCUCCGACGGUCACAGCCGAUGCACAUCAAUGCUGUCAGGAGAUUGCAGGAACAGGAGCAGCAGCUGAGGACGUCAUCUCUCCCGGCCAUCCCCAACCCUUUCCCUGAGCUCUGCAGUCCAGCUAGCUCACCUGUCCUCAGUCCUGGGUCUCUACCACCUGGGGAACCUUCCUCGGGCAAAUAUAUUGUGAAGAUCUUCAGUGAAGACGGCAUGGGUAAAGUUGUGGAGAUCCCAGCCAACAUGACAGCCAGGGACCUGUGCCAGCUCCUGGUUUAUAAAAGCCAUUGUGUGGAUGACAACAGUUGGGCACUUGUUGAACACCACCCACUGCUAGGGCUAGAGCGCUGUCUAGAAGACCAUGAGCUGGUGGUUCAGGUCCAGGCCUCCAUGAACAGCGACGGUAGAUUCCUCUUCAGGAAGAACUAUGCCAAAUAUGAAUUCUUCAGAAACCCCCUGACGUUUUUCCCAGAGCACAUGGUCGCGUGGUGCCAGGAAACUAAUCAUGCAAUUCUACCAUCUCAGCUCCUUCAGAACUUCCUAGCCACCAACAGCUGUCCAGAAAUCCAGGGGCAUCUGUACAUGAAGGACGUGGGAAGGAAAUCAUGGAAGAAGGUUUACAUGUUUCUGCGGCGCUCAGGGCUCUACUGUUCUACAAAAGGAACCUCAAAGGAGCCCAGACAUCUACAGUUACUAGCAGACCUUGAGGACAGCAACAUCUUCACUGUCAUCACAGGCAAGAAGCAGCACGGCGCACCCACAGACUACGGCUUCUGCAUCAAGCCUAAUAAAAGCAGAGGGGAUAUGAAGGAGCUGAGAAUGCUGUGUGCAGAGGACGAACAGAGCAGAAGCUGUUGGAUGACUGCUUUUCGAAUCUUUAAGUAUGGGAUCGUAUUGUACCAGAAUUACAAGAUUCCUCAACAAAGGAAAACUUUACUUUCACACUUUUCAGCUCCUGUGAGGAGCGUAUCAGAGAACUCCCUCGUGGCAAUGGAUUUCUCAGGGAGGAUAGGCAGAGUGAUUGACAACCCGGUCGAAGCUCAGAGUGCUGCCAUGGAGGAGGGGCACGCGUGGCGGAAGAGGACUCAACGAAUGAACAUACUGGGGUCCAACAGUCCAUUACACCACUCCUCACUAAGCUCAGUCAUCCACAUAGCUCAGCUCUGGUUCCAUGGCAGGAUAACCAGAGAAGAGUCCCACCGCAUUAUCCACCAGCAGGGACAAGUAGAUGGGUUGUUUCUGCUGAGAGUCAGUCAGAGUAAUCCCAAGGCGUUUGUGCUCACAUUGUGCCAUCACCAGAAAAUCAAGCAUUUCCAGAUCCUACCGUGUGAAGAGGAUGGCCAAGGCUUCUUCAGCCUUGAUGACGGCGCCACCAAGUUCACCGACCUGAUUCAGCUGGUGGAGUUCUACCAGCUCAACAGAGGAGUGCUGCCUUGCAAACUCAAACACCCGUGCACCGUCGUGGCCUUAUGACACCUUCGGAUCACAUGACCCCGCCCCCCAACACUUGACCUGACUCUGCCUAAAAUGAAAAGAAUCUCCCCGUUGAUCGUUUCUUUUUGUUUUUAUCUUUGUAAGAAGCUGGUGAAUUGACUGACGUUGUUGUUGUUACACUUGUUUUUAUAUUGUUGUGAGCUUGCUGGAGACUGCUGAUAUUUUUUUUUUUUUGGGGGGGGGGGAUUUCGUUUCAUCUGCAUGGAGGUUCGAGGAGUCUGAUGCACAACUUCACUCCAGAGGCUCGCAGUUUUAAGAGAAGAUGAAAGAAAUGAACACUGCCAUUUGUGUCGAUGCUGUUGCAGAAUCUUCCACAUUAUUCUUACCAAUAGUCACCAGAAAAGCGUGGACCCUCGAGGUUUUACCACGCAGCUCAAAUGUGAGCACCGUUCCCCUUCAACUGGACAAUCAGCAGGAGAAUUGAAGCUUUCAUGCGGACUACUCUGCUCUUUAAGGACAAACGAGUCUCGCUCAUUUUUAUCAAAUGUCCUCAGAAUGAAUUAAGAGUUUGUCUCUUAGUUUUGUACUCGUGGAAGUGGGCAUGGCAUUGGAUGCCGCAUGAUCUCUCAAGUGGCGCAUUACUUAACUGUGAGGUGGUGCCAUCGCCCUCUAGUGUCAUAAGAAUGCAUGGACAUUUUGAGGCACCAGGGUUUCUAUUUUUUAAUCCCAUUGAGUUUUGCAAAAAUUAAAGGUUAUUGAAACAAAGCUUUUGGUAUAAGUACAAAAUCUUUUCCCACACACAGCUUCAGUUAUUAUCAUUACUAAAGACAAAAUCCACCUUUUUGCAUCCUGGAUUUUAAAAGCUCUUGAUUUUCACAUAAGCUUUUUAUCUAUUCUACCUGCAAUUCAGUUUUCCAAGACAUUCUUAAAGCAACUUCCACAAAAACAAACUAGAAGAGUGAAUUUUGGUCAAAUUAAAUUGAGGCCCAGUUGGGGAAAAAAAAAUACUAUUGCAGCUGUAUGCAGGACGGUAUCAGUGCUUCAUUUCUCUUUGCCACAGCACAGGGAAGGAUAACCACUAGCAUUUCCUCUAGAGGUAACUACCAACACAUCAAAGGAAAUGUGGUUCGUUUAAAAAAA